AGCAUUUCGGGAAAAUAACUACGGAAGUCGCCAUUUGUUUUCACUGGAGACCAAUACAAGACUGCAUGAAAAGUUGAUUUCCUCUUUCUUCUGACAAUCACAUCUUUGAAAAGAUAUGUGAAACAAUAUAUUCCAUAUUUUUUUUUAAAAAAAACUAUGGACUCUCCUGAGGGUAAAAAUGCUGAUGCAAAGAGUACAGCAAGUAAAACAUCUAUAAAUGUUAAACUACCAUCAGCUCAGGGUGCAGAGGAGAAAAGAAAAAAUGCUGGAAGUCCAGGUCAGAGGAGGACACCAGCUCAUUUACAGUAUGAUUCAAGAAAGUCACCAUCCGUCCCCGCACUGACAGGAGAAUUCGUGGCCACCCUUGAAGGGCAAGAGUUCGGACAGUACAGACAUAUUACAACAACACCGAUCAGUUCAAAAGAAGGAGACCACCACAGAAGUCCUACACCCGGCAAACAUCUCAGACAGCCAGUCUUAACAGAGAAAGAAAUGAUCCGACAUGCUGCAGCAUCUAUUAUAGAGAAAGCAUGGAUUGGUUACAGAGAUAGGCAGAUGUUUAAACUACUAAAACAUGCUGUCUGUGCAGCUGAGAAUUCUUUGUCACAGGAGAUAUUAAGAAAGGUUGCUCCCAAAGAAGCUGAGUUUCUAAAUGACAAAUGUUCUCAAAUAAGAGUUAGAUUCAGGUUUGGAGGCGGAGAGUUUCCACCAAUGAUUUUUUUCAAAGUCUUCUUGCAUUCAGAUGGCAAAGGUGUAAAAUACCUUAGUGGAAAACGAGUGAUCAAACCUGCAACUGGUGCUGCUGAAGAUUCCCUCAAGUUGAUGGGCAAUCGUCAGUUUUAUGAUCAGAUGUUACAGGAUGCAAUGUUUCAAAAACGUUAUAAAAUUACAGAUGAAAUAGAUGUCACCACACUUAAAGACUAUAUGCAAUACUUAACAAACAUAGAUGAAUCUCCUGCAAAGAUGGGCGGCAAAGAAAAUUACUGGAGAAAACUAACACUAGAUGUUUUACCUAGAUAUACAAUAUUCUAUGAUAUAGUAGAUUUCUUGUUUAAUCAACGAAUGACCCCUCGUUUACGAGAUGAAAUUCCUCUCCUAGUCACACGACCUUUGACCCAAGAUAUACAGAUACAACAUAUUCGAGCUGUCUCAGAAAUGAGGAGUCCUGAUGUGCCUAUGCCAACCCCAAAGUCAAAAAUGUCUGGUAUUCAAAGCCAGGUGUCGGGUCGAAGGUCAAAGCAGGCUCGUGCUCGAGCCAUGAAAAUGCGUAAAAUGUAUGGUUUAGAUAGGGAAGAUAUGUUGGACUCUCGAGGGCAGACAGCUGUUUCUGAAGAACCCGAGGAUUAUUUUGAUAAGUACGGGAUCACAGGGGAAUAUGGUGAUGAGGGGGAACAGUGGGAGAGGGAAGCAAGAAAACUUUAUGAGUGGACACAAGAACUUUCCUUUAAUGAUGAUUUAGUUGGCACUCCUAGACUUAUCUCUGGAAAUAUUUCCUGAUAUACAAAAAUAAAGUUAAUUGUGAACCCACACAUCUUCUGUGAUUGAUUAUAAAACCUGUACUCGUGAUCUCUGGAUAUAUUUGUUAAGAUAAAUUUAAAUAAAAUUUAUAAAAGUGGAAACAGGGCCCGUUUUAAAAUGAUGAUUUAAUUUAGAUAUGAAAAUAUAAUUGAUAAAUGUUGAUUAAAUUUGAACUAGUAGAGAUUUGAACUAGUGGAGUGAUCUCUGGAAAUAUUUUUUCUGCAAAAAAUAACUUUUUUUGUAGUUGAAAGAGAACCAUUUUUUAAAAACAAUAAUAGUAUUCUGAAAUUAUGAUUGUUAUUUUCAUUUUUUAUUGAUUUAACUAGAACAUAUUAAUAAGACAUACAUAUGUUUACAUGACA